UCGAGAGCCCAUUUUUCUACCUUGUUUCCAUCUUCGGCCAUUAUUGGUUUCUUGAUUCGUUGGUAAUUUUGUUCUUCCGACAAGAAUUCACUAACAAAAUAAAUCCCAUUUCGACAAAAUCAAAUCGCUGAGAACCCAAGAAACAUUCACAAGAAACAAAAGAAUCAAAAUUCGUCAUAUAAUGCACCACCAUCCACCACCCAUCACCACCACGACCGCAACCACCGGCGCUGCCAUUACUACCCGUUACAUACUCUUAGCCACCGCCCUUUUCUUUUUUCUCCUCAUACUCUCCUUCACUAUUUCUCCUUCCUCUCCACCUACCAUCACCAAACCCCACCCCUCCCUUUUCCCCCACCACCACCGUAACCUUUUCCACAACCCCAACACCACCCAGAACCAGAACACCCCUGCAGCUACGCCGCCUCUACCUCCAACCCCUCCCUCCAUAGCUUACCUCUUAUCCGGAUCCGCCAAUGACUCGGAUCGGAUCCUCAGACUCCUCUACUCCAUCUACCACCCCAGGAACCAGUACUUGCUCAACUUGGAUCGGGCAGCUCCUCAGUCUGACCGUGAUACUCUGGCCCUCAGGAUUCAAUCAGAGCCCGUCUUCAGGGCUGCCCAGAAUGUACAUGUAAUUGGCAACGCUGACUAUGUGUCCCCUACAGGUCCUUCAUCUCUUUCCUCCACACUUCAUGGCGCCUCCGUUCUGCUUCGUAUUACAGCCAAUUGGGAUUGGUUCAUCAAUCUCUCUGCUAAUCAUUACCCACUCGUUACCCAAGAUGAUCUUUUACACAUUUUAUCAUACCUGCCUAAGGAUCUUAAUUUUGUCAAUCACACAAGCUAUAUUGGCUGGAGAGAAGCUCGGAAACUGAAACCAAUAAUAGUUGAUCCUGCGCUGUACCUUGUGGAAAUUAGUGAAACAUUUUAUGCGACUGAAAAGAGACAGGUUCCGGAUGCUUACCGAUUAUUUACAGGUUCAUCAUCUGCUAUUUUAACCCGCAAGUUUGUUGAGUUCUGCAUCUUGGGUAUAGACAACCUUCCCAGGACUCUGCUAAUGUACUUAUCUAACACACUGGCAUCAAAUCUUGUCUAUUUCCCGACCAUUCUAUGCAAUUCCCGGCAAUUCAAUCGUACUACUAUCAACCACAGCUUGCAGUAUGUUUCUUUCGACUCCAGACAGGAGCCCCACCCGCUGAAUUCUAGUACAUUUGAUGAUGUGAUCCAAAGUGGAGCAGCCUUCGCCUCACCAUUUCUCCCAAAUGAUCCAGUUCUCGACCGCAUUGAUCAGGAAAUUCUGGAACGAAAUCCAGGCAAACCCGUACCUGGUGGCUGGUGUUUAGGUGAAUCUGAAAAUGAGAAAUGUUCGGUUUGGGGAGAUGCUGAUGUUUUGAAGCCGGGUCCAGGAGCUAAAAGACUUGAAAAAUGUCUUGUUAAACUACUAUCAAAUGAAACAAUUCGAUCUCAUCAAUGUGUAGAUGUAUAGACAAAGGUACAGAAAAAAGUCGUCUGCAGCCCAGUUCUGAAAUUUGUUGUGUCUUAACAACAUUUAGCCAUUCAUUUAUACUAGUAAAAUGUAGUUCCAUAUUUAGCUCAGCAUGACCAAUGUACAUUGCCAAACGGUAUCUUUCCGAAUUUCAUAUACUGGAGAAUUUUUGCGUAUUUUUGUCGUUUAAGUGUAUAAUGUAUGAGGAGUGUGUAACGUCUGUACUUCUUGAAUUUUGUUUGUCAAGAACACAAAUUUUUGAAAAGAA